AGGGUUUGGCUCUGGGAACGAUAUGGACGUUGGCGUACUGGUUGCAGGAAAGUCUCGCCGCGACGCCACCGGGCGGCCCCAGCGCGCAUGCUCGCCGCGGCGCGGGCGGAGCUCCUCCCCUGCCCGUUCGCUCUCGGCGUCCCGGACCCGCCCCGUCCCGCCCCGCCGCGCGCCGCCGGCUCCAGGUCAGGGCGAGCGAGCGGGUUCUCAUUUAACAUGGAGGAUGAGUUCUUUGGAGAAAAAAGCUUCCAACAUUAUUGUGCAGAAUUCAUCAGACAUUCACAACAGAUAGGCGAUGGCUGGGAAUGGAGAACAGCCAAGGACUGUUCCGAUGGCUACAUGUGCAAAACACAAUUUCAAAUAAAGAAUGAGAACUGGACACCCCAUCUGGGAACACCUGCUAGUGUGCACACAUGUCUCCCCACAGAGGGAAUUUCAUCUCUUUGUUUGAUGCAGCAGUUCCGUUUGGAGGCACCAUCUAUCUAUGAGAAUUUAGAGCUACCGAUGGAUGAUUCUGAAGUGAUGGGGCCUGCAGCGGCGGCAGAAGUGAUUAAGCAUGAGUAUCAUGUCUUAUACUCUUGUAGCUACCAAGUGCCUGUUCUUUACUUUAGGGCAAGCUUUUUAGAUGGGAGACCACUGGCUCUGGAGGAUAUAUGGGAAAGAGUCCAUGAAUGCUAUAAGCCUCGGCUGCUCCAGGGACCGUGGGACACCAUCACCCAGCAGGAGCAUCCAAUACUUGGGCAACCAUUUUUUGUUCUACAUCCCUGCAAGACAAAUGAAUUCAUGACUGCUGUACUAAAGAAUUCACAGAAAAUCAAUAGAAAUGUCAACUACAUCACAUCGUGGCUGAGCAUCGUGGGGCCAGUUGUUGGUCUGAAUUUACCUCUGAGCUAUGCUAAAGCAACGUCACAAUUGGAGUGAUUUGUUAACAAGCAAGAUCUGCUGAUCCUAGAAACUGCAGCAUGAAAAGCACCAAGAGCUGUACCUGGCAAGCCUUGGUUUUCAUGGAAAUGGGCCUGCAGUAUCUCACGUCACCAAGAUUUGAUGCGGAUUUCUUCCCUUGGAAAGAAGACAGCUGCAGAAACCUGCUUGGAAUAGUGGCUGUGUGGAAGAGACAAUUACAGAUUCAGAUCACUGUAAAUAGCAAGAAUGAACCUAGUUCAGUGAUGGUGUCACUUCUGAUGUCAUCAGGGCUCGCACAGUUCUUCUGUUGUGGAGAUUGAUGGGGAAGUGUAUUCGUGUGCUCGCUUUAGUGUACGAUGUGUGAAAAUUAAAAUGUAGAACUUGCCUGCUUCUGAAAAGUAA